AUGAAAGUUGCUAUCGUGACAGGUGCGUCAUCGGGAAUUGGAAGAGCGGUCAGCUUACGUCUUUCUGAAGACCAUUACGCUUUAUCGUUGAGUGGUCGGGAUGAAAAAGCUCUCCUGGAAACAGCUGAGCUGUGCAAAGAGACUGGAGCAGAUAGGGUGAUUAUUACUGUCGGCGACCUAUGCGAUGAAACUAAUGCGAAGAAACUUGUAGAAAAUACUAUGGAGGAAUACAAGCGCAUCGACACUCUGGUGAAUUCGGCAGGAAUACUAGUCAGCGGAAACGUGCUAGAUGCUGAUAUGGAUAUGUACGACCGCCAAAUGGAUGUAAAUGUAAAAAGUGUUGUUCGGUUAACUAAGCUAGCCCUUCCACAUAUAAUGGAAACAAAAGGAACUGUGGUUAACGUUUCCAGUAUCACUGGCCCAUGCCCUUUUCCUGGCGUUACGUACUACUGUAUGUCGAAAGCUGCGUUGGACCAGUUCACCAAAUGUCUUGCUUUGGAAAUGGCACCGCAUGGAGUUCGUGUCAAUGCCGUAAAUCCUGGUGUCAUCGUUACAAAUGUUCACAAAAGAGCGGGAAUGGAUGAAGAGAGCUACGAAAAGUUCCUCGAAAAAGGAAAAGCCACUCAUGCUCUCGGCCGUGUCGGCGAGGCAUCUGAAGUAGCAGAGGCCGUUUUCUUCCUGGCUUCAGAGAAGAGCUCGUUUACUACUGGGGAGCUGUUGAGAGUUGACGGUGGCAGAGGAAUAAUGCAUCCUCGCUGACGUCACACCAGUGAAAACCAUAGUUUUUGACCUCGCAAAAUUGUCUCUUGCAAAUAUCUGCAUUGCCGCCGUUGAUUUGAAGCAAAAUACCCGUUUGCGAUGAAGAAGUGAUUGUGUACUCAUCUCCUAUUUAUGUUAUCCAA